AUGGGUAGUGUGACACUGACGAUACAGCCAUCAACUUCUGGACUUCAAAAUCCGAGGGCUGGGCGAUAUCAGGCAAAUCAGGCUCAAUUUCAAAUGGGCAUUUCUGAUUUUAUGGGUGAUGGACCAGGAAGAAGAUUAAGAAAAAAUGUGGCAAACGUUAGAAGGCAUGUAGAUUAUGUUUCAACGGUUUUAAAUUAUACAGAGGCAAGAUUGUGGCAAUACGGGCGAAGGCAACGAAUCCUUCAGCAACCGGACGAAUUAUAUCAGAAUACGGCUUUGCCCGUUCAUUGCACUCCAGAUGUACCGGUGGAUUGUGUGUUAACGAAAUUUAUCAGAGCGGCAAUGAAUAAAAUCAAAUGUCCAGUGUAUUCGUUAUGCUGGUCGCCGGAAGGUAAACGGUUAAUUACGGGUACUCAAACGGGAGAAUUUACACUAUGGAACGGAACUGCCUUCAAUUUUGAGACAAUUCUUCAGGCUCACGAUACUGCUAUUCGUGCCCUUAAAUGGUCCUAUAACGAACAAUGGCUUUUAAGUGCCGACCAAGACGGUUAUGUGAAAUAUUGGCAACCGAAUAUGAAUAAUGCGCAUAUGUUCUCAGCACACAAAGAUGAAGCUGUGCGAGGAAUUGCAUUUUCACCAACGGAUUUGAAAUUCGCCACGGCCUCUGAUGAUGGUACUGCUCGCAUAUGGGAUUUUGCGCGUUAUUCGGAAGAUCGAAUUCUUCGAGGUCAUGGAUCGGAAGUUCGGUGCAUUGAUUGGCAUCCAUCCAAAGGAUUACUAGUGACAGGAUCGAGAGAUACUCAGCAGCCAGUGAAGUUGUGGGAUCCGAAGGCAGGAACUUGUUUGGCUACAUUACAAGAGCACAAGAGUAGUGUAAUGGCAGUAGAAUUCAACAAGAAUGGAAAUUGGCUUCUAACCGGUGGAAGAGAUCAUCUCAUCAAAAUGUAUGACAUACGGGUGAUGAAAGAACUCCAAACUUAUCGGGCUCAUAAGAAGGAAGUCAUUUCAUUGGCUUGGCAUCCAAUCCAUGAAGGACUCUUCGUAUCUGGCGGAGGCGAUGGUUCGAUCGUUUACUGGUUAGUCGAUAAUCCGAAGGAGAUUGGAUUAUUGGAACAUGCUCAUGAUCAAGCAAUCUGGGCAAUGAAAUGGCAUCCGUUGGGACAUAUUUUGGCAACUGGAUCAAAUGACAAUAAUACAAAGUUUUGGGCUCGGAAUCGGCCGGGCGACACUGUUGAAGACAUUUUUGGACUUUCUGCAGCGACUAUGGUUGGUCAUUUGGAUAAGGAGCGUGAGCCAAAGGCUGUGAGCACGAAAUCGACGCUGAACGACGUAUUCAACAACAAACCUGAUAUUUACAUUCCUGGAAUGGGUCUUGAUGAAGCCCUCUACGAGCAGAUCAACAAGGAUGUCGAGUCGACAAUGACGCCGCUUCUUGUUCCCGAUGAUUUGACUCGUGUGUCGAGCGGGCCGAUGAUUGGCGCGAAGAAGACGCUUAUCAAGCAGCCGCCGGCGAAAAAAGCGCAACGGCAAUUCGAGAGAAUGUGGAAUAACUCGAAGGGAAUUGGAGCCGGUACUGAUGACUUCUCGGCGGUUCUCGGCGGAAUGGGAAGGGAGGAUCAGGCGGCGGCGAUGGAGAAUGGAAGGAUGCAAAAGAGCUUACUCGGAGCGCCGCCGACACCUUCGUUUCUUGGAAAACCAUCGUCAUCGCUGAUGGGACCACCGCCGGUGAAUCCGUCGCUUCUAAGUCGGCCACCGGAUUUUGGUGUGAAACCAUCAUCAUGGCGGCCUCAACCAUUCCACGAUGAUCGGCAGAAUGAAUCAAGCAUCAAGUUUGAUAAGAACGGAGUCCCGAUUCUCCCGCCGGGUCUUCCGCCGCAUUUGUGGCCGAUGCCGCCGGGAAUGUCGAAGCCGAUGAUGUCGAAUACCGGAGGUGACAUUGAUUAUCGGAAUGCGCCGCCAGGACCAUCGCCGUCGAAAAACACGGAUAUCGAUCUGCGAAGCAUUCCUUCUCAGAAUCCUGUAACGGAUUCUUGGAGGACGACGGCGCCGCAGCAGUCGACGAGUAUGCAGCCGCCUGUGCAAGAUCCAAGAUCUGAUCCAAGGCUUCAAAAGCGAACAACCAAAUAUUUCCGAGAAAUGCUCAAUAUUCUUGAGCCCGAAGAUGUGUCGGAAUUGUCAAGCUUCGAGAUCAAAAUCAGAAAAUCGCUGUCGUUGCUAUUCCGAUUCGCGCUAGCCGUCUUCACCAUUUCGCACACGUUCGAGUUUCUGUUCUCCAGCAUCUGGAUGCAUGGCUAUAUAUGGUGUCUGAAUCUACCAAUUGAUUUGGAUAUGACUGAUAAGCCGGCUGGUCUGAUUGUCAAGCAUCAAUUGGACGAGGUGCACUUAAGCGAGCGACUAAUUCAUUCAAUCUUGGUUGUCAUUGCAAUCGUCAUGCUCCUUUUCGCAACCGGCUUCAAUAGUCAUCCCGGCAAACGCGUGUGGUACCUUUUGAAGCUCGCCAUGUCGCUUGGCCUAGUUUGCAGUCUGGCUAGGCCACUUCAAAUGAAGCAGCGAUUCUUUUCUAGUCUCCACGAGGGAUUCUAUUGCUACUUUGCUUUUUUCAUUGUCGGCUUUUUGAUGACCUAUCGACAUGCUGAGAAAUUCCCGAAAUAA